UUGUUUUUUGUGAAGCUGUCUAAUUGUUGUGAAUUUUCAUAUUGUUGUUAAAAGUUUUGGGCAAUUUUAUUUUGUUGGGGAUAUAGAAAUUGAAAUUGAUUCAAUUAUGUUGAUUGAUUUUCUUGUAUUAAUUGCUUCACUUAUUGUUAUUUUUAUAAUAUUUUACACUUGGAAUUAUGAUUAUUGGAAAAAACGGAGUAUUCCAUAUGAAAAACCAUUUUUCCCAUUUGGUAGUAUUAAAGAUGCUCUACUUGCCCGAAAAACUUUAUGUUCCGUAUUAAAUGAUUGUUACCAGAAAUAUAAAGAUUAUAAAUAUUUUGGAGUAUAUUUUGGACGACAUCCCGUAUUGUUUGUUCGUGAUUCACAAUUAGCUAGAGAUGUUAUGGUGAAAUAUUUUAAUCAUUUUCAAGAUAAUACAAUAAAUAUUAAUGAAAAAUCAGAACCAUUAGUUGCGAAGAAUCCUUUUGUUUUGAAAGGAGAACAAUGGAGAUCGAAACGUGGUCAUUUAACACCUGGUUUUACAGCUUUAAAACUAAAACAAAUGUUUCCACAUAUGGUAGCUGUAUCUGAGCGUCUUGUAGCAUAUCUUCAUCAACAAAUUGACUCAUCGCAAAAUAGUAUUGAAGCAAAAGAAGUUGCAAGUUGCUUUGCAACUGAAGUGUUCACAUUGAGUGCUUUGAAUAUUACAUCGGAUUCAUUUGAAAAUCCAAAAAGUUCUUUCAAAACAAUUGCAAAAACAAUGUUAGAAGGUUCAAAUUUACUAGCAUUUAUAACUUGGACCGUGGCAAUUGUGGAUCCAGGAUUGUCAGUUUUAUUACGGACUAAAAUUUUGACAAAAGAAGGAGCAGAUUAUUUCAGAAAGGCAGUAAAUGAUGUAUUAGUUCAUAGAGAAACGAACAAUAUUGUGGUAAAUGACAUCUUCAACCAUUUUUAUACGUUGUAUCAAAAAAAUGCUGAUUUCACGAAGGAUGAUUUAGUUUCGAAUGUCGUAACAUUAUUUAUUGAUGGAGUAGAAACAUCUGCAACGACUAUUCGAGGUAUAUUAUAUGAAAUAGCGGCACAACCUCGAGUCUUCAAGAAAUUGCGUAAAGAAAUCGACACAAUUUUGAAUAAAAAUAACAAUAAAUUUACGUAUGAUGGAAUUCAAGAAAUGACUUAUUUAGAUAGCUGUAUAUCAGAAGGUUUACGCAUUUGCUCAGCCGUUCUAUUUGCAAUGAGACAAUGUACACUACCGUUUGAAUUCCCAUCGCAAAAAGAUGGCGAACCAGGUGUGAAGAUCGAUAAAGGAAUAUCAGUGGUUCUACCAUUUUAUUCAAUACAUUAUGAUGAGAAUUUGUAUCCUAAUCCUGAAGAAUAUAAACCGGAACGAUUUUAUGAUGACGAAACAAAAGUUCAGGCCAAAGCUAAUCUGUUUGGGUUUGGCGAUGGUCCAAGAAUUUGUUUAGGAAUGAGAUAUGGAACAAUGGUUACCAGAUUAGGUUUAGCAACAAUUAUAUCAAAAUUUGACGUGACUGUGAAUGAAAAAUCGAAGGAGCGUGCAAAAAAUAUUGGCCCAUCAUUUCUUUUCGCUCCGAAUGUAGAACCAAUCGUGGACUUUCAUAAACGUGGCACAAUUUAUAAAGAUAAUAUGUUGGUUGAUUUUCUAUUAUUGCUAGCUUCGCUAAUCGGAAUUUUAUGUAUAAUUUUUACAUGGAAAUAUGAUUAUUGGAAAAAACGGGGUAUUCCAUAUGAAAAACCAGUAUUCCCAUUUGGCAGUAUUAAAGAUUCAAUACUAGGAAAAAAAACUUUUAGUACGCAAAUAGAUAAAUUCUAUUACAAAUAUAAAGAUUAUAAAUAUUUUGGAUUACAUUUCGGACGACUUCCUGUAUUAUUUAUUCGUGAUUCUCAGUUAGGUAGAGAUAUUAUGGUGAAACAUUUUAAUCAUUUUCAAGACAAUGCAAUACGUUUGAAUGCGAAAGCAGACCCAGUUGCUGGAAACAAUCCUUUUGUACUAAAGGGGAAUAAAUGGAAAACUACAAGGGCUCAUUUAACACCUGGUUUUACAAGUUUAAAACUAAAACAAAUGUUUCCAAAUAUGGAAUCCGUUUCGAAACGCUUUGUAGCAUAUAUUCAACAAAAUAUUAAUGCUUCAAAUAAUAAACUUGAAGCAAAAGAAGUUGCAAGCAAUUUUACAACUGAAGUAUUUACGUUAGCUGCGUUGAAUAUAAAAUCGGAUUCAUUUGAAAAUCCAAAUAGUUCUUUUAAAACAAUUGCCAAUACAAUGUUUGAAUCUUCAGGUAUUCAGGGAUUUAUAACUUGGAUGUUAAUGACUGUCGAUCCACCUCUAUUGGAGUUGAUCGGAACUAGAUUGAUGACAAAAGAAGGUAACGCAUACUUUAGAAAUGCUGUAAAUGAUGUUUUGAAUCAUCGAGAAAAAAAUAAUUUGCAGAUAAAUGAUUUUUUAAAUUAUUUACAUAAUCUUCAUCUUAAAAACAAAGAUUUUACAAGGGAUGACGUCCUCGCAAAUAUCGUUACAUUAUUCAUUGAUGGAGUUGAAACUUCUGCGGCAGCUAUACGAAGUCUAUUAUAUGAACUGGCUGCAAAUCCACGAGUAUUCGAAAAAUUGCGAGAAGAAAUUGACACAGUUAAAGCUAAAUACAAUAAUGAAAUUACUUUUGAUGCCAUACAAGAAAUGGCUUAUUUAGAUUCCUGUUUGUCAGAAUCGUUACGAAUUAAUACUGUACUUCUUACGUCAAUGAGAGAAUGUACACAGCCUUUUGAAUUCCCACCACAAAAGGAUGGUACUGCAGGACUAAAAAUUGAUAAAGGUGUAUCAGUUUUGAUUCCACUUUAUUGUAUUCAUCGUGAUCCAACCUUGUAUCCAAAUCCUGAAGAAUUUAAACCGGAACGUUUUUAUGAUGAAGAAACAAAAGAUCAAGCUAAAGCUAAUUUCUUUGGAUUUGGCGAUGGUCCAAGAAUGUGUUUAGGAAUGAGAUACGGAUCACUUGUUACCAAAUUAGCAAUAGCUACAAUUGUAUCAAAUUUUGAUUUUACGGUAAAUGAGAAAAUAAAAGAACGCCCAAAACAUGUGGGUCCAUCAUUUAUAUAUUUCCCCAGUGAAGAACCAAUUAUAGAUUUCCAUAAUCGUGGAACAAUUUAUAAAGAUAAAUAGGUGUGUUUUCGAAUUUUUCGAUUCGAAAAUCUAUUGAGUUCUAUCUUCAA